AUGAGGCGGCCGCUGCUCCUGCUGCUGGUCCUGUGGGGGGCCCAGGGCCAGCCGCCCCCGAAGCCCAACUUCGUCCUGAUCGUGGCCGAUGACCUGGGCAUCGGCGACCCCGGCUGCUACGGCAACGAGACCCUCAGGACCCCCAACAUCGACCGGCUGGCCAGCGAGGGCGUGAAGCUGACGCAGCACCUGGCGGCCUCGCCCCUGUGCACCCCCAGCCGGGCGGCCUUCAUGACCGGCCGGUACCCCGUCCGCUCAGGAAUGGCGUCUCCGACAAGGAUCGGCGUGUUCCUCUUCUCGGCCUCCUCCGGAGGGCUGCCCAGCACCGAGGUCACCUUCGCCAGGCUCCUCAAGGACCAGGGCUACGCCACGGCUCUGAUCGGCAAGUGGCACCUGGGCACGCACUGCCACAACACCUCCGACUUCUGCCACCACCCGUCCAGCCACGGCUUCGACUACUUCCACGGGCUGCCCGUGACCAACCUGCGGGACUGCAAGGCGGGGGCGGGCAGCGUGUUCACGCAGGCCAUCCGGCUGCUGGCGCUGGCCCCCCUGCAGGCGCUGGCGCUGGCCCUGGCGAGCCUGGCCGUCCUGCGGUGGCUGGGGCUGCUGCGGGUGCCCCUGGCGGUGUUCCUGACCCUGGCGCUCGCCGCCGCCGCCCUGCUGGCCGGCCUGCUCUGCUUCCUGCACUACUUCCGGCCCCUCAACUGUUUCCUGAUGAGGGACCGGGCCGUCAGCCAGCAGCCGCUGUCCUACGACAACCUCACUCAGAGGCUGGCAGCCGACGCCACACGCUUUGUUCGACGGAACGCCGAGAGACCCUUCCUGCUCGUGUUCUCCUCCAUCCAGGUGCACACGGCCCUGUACGCCUCCCAGGACUUUGCCGGAAAGAGCAAGCACGGCGCCUAUGGCGACGCCGCCGAGGAGAUGGACUGGGCUGUGGGUACGUGA